CCAGCUGACCAGCCUCUCCGCAACCAUGGCCUCUGGUGUAAAAGUCACGGAUGAUGUUAUUGCAGUCUUCAAUGAUAUGAAGGUGCACAAGGCUCAGGCGAAUGAGGAGGAGAAGAGGAAGAGGAAGAAGGCCAUUUUGUUCUGCCUGAGCAAGGACCUCAAGAGCAUUGUUAUUGACGAAGAACAAGAAAUCCUGCAGGGGGACGUGGGAACAAAAAUCCAGGACCCGUAUUCGCACUUUGUGAACAUGCUGCCCCCAAACGACUGCCGCUACGCCCUGUAUGAUGCAUCCUUUGAGACCAAAGAAACAAAGAAGGAGGACCUGGUCUUUAUCUUCUGGGCUCCAGACAGCGCCCCCUUGAAGAGCAAGAUGAUCUAUGCCAGCUCAAAAGAUGCUAUCAAAAGGAAAUUUGAAGGUAUUAAGCACGAGUGGCAGGUGAACGGCUUGGAAGACCUCAAAGACCCGCGCACCCUGGCAGAAAGGCUUGGCGGUUCGUCAGUAGUCAGUCUGGAAGGAUUACCUAUGUAAUAUUACCACCCCUCCUCCUUGCUGGCUUCAAUCGAGGCCUUUCAGACAUCUGUUGAGUUUAGCUGUUCAUUCCAGUGCGGUUAGGAAAAGGGCAAAAGCAGAAUUAGCACCAUUUGUUGGACUGUUCUCGGGAGGGAUAAUGAGGGUGGGUCUGGGCUCAAGUGACAGUUUAAAUGAAGUUAAAUAAA